AUGGCCAUGAUCUUGAAAGCAACCGGAGUGGCUCUCAGUAUCCUAUCUUACGUUCAGGCAUAUCCUUCCAGUGCCUUAAAACACUCGCAUAAGACUCCAUUUUUUGUUUUGGCAGGUGAUAGCACUACAGCCACUCAAUCCUCGAACGGAGGAGGAUGGGGGGAUGGCUUUCUCAACACAACUCUUUUUAAAGAAGCCUCUGGUCGCAAUUUUGGCCACAACGGUGCGACUACUGUUAGCUUCCGAGACGGAGGUGAUUGGGAUGAGGUUUUGACGACCGUGAGACAAGUUCGAGACGAUUAUCAUCCAUUUGUGACAAUCCAAUUUGGGCACAACGACCAAAAGCCAGCUGCAAACAUUUCAUUGUCACAAUACACCAGCAAUCUUGAAAAGUUUGUGACCGAGGCUUCUGAUGCUGGGGCUACACCAAUUCUCGUCACUCCUCUAUCUCGGCGCAACUACGAUAACUCAACAGGGACACCACGUAUAGUCAUGAGUCUCGCCAAUGAGACCAUGGCCACCAUCACUGCCGCCCAUCGCUCAUAUGCUACCUAUAUUGACCUGAAUGAAGCGAGCACACGGUACCUCAAUGCAAUCGGGCCAGAAAAUGCUUUUACAUACAAUCUCAACCCAGCGGACUAUACCCAUUUGAACGUGCCCGGGAGUACUCUGUUUGGGGGAAUUGUGGCUACACUGAUUACCCAGAAAUUUGACACUUUGAAAAAGUCUGGAUAUCUGCGCGUGAAUGGUAAACUCAAGAAUGAUGUUGACUAUGGGAUCUAUUACUGGCCUUGA